UCUCAGAGAGCUGCUCUCUCUCAGUCUGUGAGGGCAGGAAAAUGGCCAGUAUUUCAGUAGAUCAGGACCAGUUCAGCUGUCCAGUCUGUCUGGAUCUGCUGAAGGACCCAGUGACGACUCCCUGUGGACACAGUUACUGUAUGGUGUGUAUUAAUGGCUGCUGGGAUCAGGAGGAUCAGAGGGGGGUCUACAGCUGCCCCCAGUGCAGAGAGACCUUCACUCCAAGGCCUGUUCUACGCAGAAACAACAUGCUGGCUGAAGUGGUGGAGGAAGCGAAGAAGAAACUCCAAGCUGUUUCUUACUGUUAUGCUGAACCUGGAGAUGUGGAGUGUGAUUUCUGCACUGGGAGAAAAUGCAAAGCCAUCAAGUCGUGUUUGGUGUGUCUGGCUUCUUACUGUGAAGCUCAUCUUAAACCUCACUAUCAGUCUCCUGCCUUUAAGAAGCACAAGCUGGUUGAAGCCUCCAAACAGCUACAAGAGAAGAUCUGCCCUCAACAUGAUGAAGUGAUGAAGAUCUACUGUCGUACUGACCACAGCUUGAUCUGCUAUUUGUGUACGAUGCAUGAACACAAAGGCCACAAUACAGUAGCAGCUGUUGCAGAACGAUCUGAGAAACAGAAUGAGCUGAAGGAGGUUCAGAGGAAAUCCAAGCAGAGACUCCAGGAGAAAGAGAAGAAGCUGCAGGAGGUGAAACAGGCUGUGAAGACUCUUAAGAGCUCUGCACAGGCAGCAGUGGAGGACAGUGAGAGGAUCUUUACUGAGCUGAUCCGCUCCAUUGAGAAAAAGCGCUCUGAGGUAACAGAGCUGAUCAGAGCUCAGGAGGAGGCUGAACUGAGUAGAGGUGAAGAACUCCUGGAGCAACUGGAGCAGGAGAUUGCUGAUCUAAAGAGGAGAGAGACUGAGCUGGAGCAGCUUUCACACACAAAGGAUCACAUCCAGUUCCUCCAGAGCUUCCAGUCUCUCUGUGUCUCUUCUGCAUCUGAGGACUCCAGCAUCACUGUCCAUCAACAUCUCUCAUUUGAUGGAGUGAGGAAAUCUCUCUCGGAUCUGAAGGAGAGACUAGAGGAAUUCUGCAAGCAGGAAUUCAGGAAAAUCUCUCCACAAGUUUCAGCAGUUCAGAUGAUUUUACCUUCAGAGCCAAAAACCAGACAAGAUUUUCUACAGUAUUUCUGUCGUCUGACUCUGGAUCCCAACACAGUAAAUCAGUUCCUCAGUCUGUCUGAGGAGAACAGAGUGGUGACGUUCAGUGGGAAAGACCAGCGUUACUCUGAUCAUCCAGAGAGAUUUGACUACUGGCAGCAGGUGUUGAGUAAGGAGAGUGUGAGUGGACGCUGUUACUGGGAGGUUGAGUGGAGCAGUACUAGAUAUGUGCUGUACAUCUCAGUCUCAUAUAAAGGGGUCAGCAGGAAAGGACGAGGUAAUGAAAGUAGGUUUGGACACAACAGUCAGUCCUGGAGUCUGCAGUGUUCUUCCUCUCUCUCUUUCUAUCACAACAACAUUCAGACUAAGAUCUCAGCCUCAUCCUCCUCCAGAAUAGGAGUGUAUGUGGAUCACAGUGCAGGAACUCUGUCCUUCUACAGCGUCUCUGACACAAUGACCCUCCUACACACAGUCCACACCACAUUCACUCAGCCGCUCUGUGCUGGAUUCUGUGUUGGCAGGGGAACAACUGUGAAAUUCUGUGACCCAAAAUAAUGAUGCGUCUUGAUAAUAAGAGCAAUGUGACAGUCAAAUGGAAAUGAUUUGAUUUCUUUCUAAAUGGAGCGGUUUAAGGUUUCUAGGAGUUUGGUGCACUCAGCCUGGAUUAGUUGACCCAUUCUGGUUCACCUUCUUUAAAAAGGACAAAACCAUCAGCUACAUCUGCUGAUACUCAUCUCAGGUCAAGAUAAAAGGGCUGAAGUCUUUCAUAUGUUCAAAUGCUUCUGUCUCUCCCCGUCAUACAUAUUGGGUGUACUACUACCUACACACAGUCCACACCACAUUCACUCAGCUGCUCUAUGCUGGAUUCUGGGUUUGUGUGGGAACAACUGUGAAGUUAUGUGACUCAUAAUAACGUAGGACAGUGUGUUUAGUUACAAGUACAUAAUAAAUAAGCAGGUAAAAUCAUUUACAUUGCUGCAUUAUUACAGAAUAAAAUUACCGUAUUUACUUAAUGUAAUAAGGCGAUUGUCAAAUGUUAAAUGUGUUUAAACAGUGGAUUGGAUCAGACACAGCAGUGCUGCUGGAGUUUUUAAACACUGUGUCCACUCACUGUCCACUCUAUUAGACACUCCUACCUUGUCGGUC